GUGCAUGGAGCAGUUUCGCUCUCUAAUCCCCUUCGAUCCUCCCGAACCCACGCGACUCAUAACCCUCGUCGAAGGACUCAGGGAAUCUCUCGUCCCAGCGCACGCCGCCAGCCUCCUCCACGCCACUGAGAGGAGCCCCGCUGCCGGAUCUUCAACGCCGCCGCCACGGAGGGGAGGAGCCCCGCCGGUGAGAGGAGGAGCGCCGACGCCGCCGCCCGAGUCUGCCCGACGCCCCGACGCCUCAACGCCUCAACGCCGGUGUCACUCCUCCAGCAUACUGGCCUUCUCCCCGGUGCCUCUUCCACGCUCAACCACCAUCAGCCUCCUUAACCCCGACCGAAGAGCUGGCCUUUUCCCCGAGGCCUGCUGCUUGGAUUCUUGUUGGGGUGGACGAGUUGCGUCCAUCUUGGGAUCCAGUUGUCACGCCUAAAUUCGUUUUAGUGCUGAGAUGAACUCCAAGAUUAUCGAUCGAAUUAGGAAGAGGAGAAGCGAGGAUGAUGAAGAUAUGAUGUCCUUUAUUCUGCCCGUAUUGCAUCGAAUGCGCAGUAGAGGGCCAAUCGAGAGAACUCAGCGUCAUAGCUCCAUCUUAUAUGGCAAGAAGCGGGUUGAUGAUAUCCUUACAGGCCAUGUGAAGAAUUGCCUAGUAGCUUAUAGGAUGGAGCCACGUAUCUUCCGGGCUUUGGCAUCUUACCUUAGAAGAGAAAAUCUGAUAUCGGAUAAAAGAAUUAAGUCGUGGCCAGAAAUUGCUAAGUUCCAGAAUAAGCCCUUUCCCCUCUACGAUAAGCUUGGUGAUCUGUAUGAUGGGCAUAUAGCAGAAGGUAACUUCAAUUUCACAUCAACUGAGGUUACAGAAGUGAGUGAUGGUGAUCUCGAAGUUGAAAGAGAGAAGACUGCCUUCUCUUUUGACCUGAAUCAAUACGGUGAUGAUUUACACAUGUAUGAUGAUCCAAGAGAUGCCGCCCCAAGUGAUGGUCCAAGUGAUGCUGCCCCAAGUGAUGGUCCAAGAGGUGCUGCCCCAAGUGAUGGUUCAAGAGAUGCUACACAAAGAGGUGGUGCUGCUACUUCAAGCAACAAGCAUGUGAAGGAAUCAAAGAAGGGUAAGAAGCGUGAUGAUCCUAUGGUGGAAGUGAUGUCACAAUAUGUGGAGAUCAAACGAAAGCAAGCGGAGGAGGAGUCUGCUCUAUUGGUCGGGGCAAAAAAUGCCCAAGAAUUCUCCAUCAGCAAGUGCAUUGCUGUUUUGCACAAGAUGGAAAGCAUCCGCCGCGAUGAACGAGCCACUGCCUACAAAGUGUUCAAAAGUGUUGAGAACCGUGAGAUCUUUCUUAAUUCUGCCGCCGAAGAUGAAGAGAGUGCUGCAGUGUUUCUUCGGAGCGAAAUGGCAGAGUUGACUCAACGUACUUAAGGUUCUCAAGCACCAAAAGAAGCAACAAUAAACAAGCUGGAGGGAUAACUUUCUCUCAGAUUCUCAAAGAUAGAUGAUCAUGACACCAAAAGAUGGAUAUAUCUGUAUGCGAAAUUAUAACUGAUCUUGAGCUAUUCCAGAAGUACUUGUGUUGCGUUAUCUUUGCUGCAAAAUUAUGUUGGGGCUGUGAUGAACUGUUGUUGCUGCGAAAGAUCAUGUUGUCAUGAUAAAUUAUGAUUCCUGGGAUUUGGGAUUCGAAGUCAUGUUGUUAUGAUAAAUUAUGAUGUUGUGAUGAUAUAUUGAUUUCGAGUCAUGCAAAA